GGGGUGCCCUGGGGGGGCUGGGGGCGGCCCGGGGGGGCUCCCGGGGACGCCCCUGACCCCGUGUGCAGGCCGCAGAACGGCUCGGUGAUCCUCUACAACCGGAAGAAGGUCAAGUACCGCAAGGACGGCUACUGCUGGAAGAAGCGCAAGGACGGCAAGACCACGCGCGAGGACCACAUGAAGCUCAAGGUGCAGGGGGUGGAGUGCCUCUACGGCUGCUACGUGCACUCCUCCAUCGUGCCCACCUUCCACCGCCGCUGCUACUGGCUGCUGCAGAACCCCGACAUCGUGCUGGUGCACUACCUGAACGUGCCGGCCAUGGAGGAGGGCGGGCGGGGCUGCGCCCCCCGGCUCUGCGGACCCCCCCUCUGCCCCGGGGCCCCCCCGCUCUGCACCGCCUCCGCCGACCCCCGCGAGUGGCUCAAGUGGUCCCAGGAGGAGCUGGUGGCACAGCUGCGCCCCAUGUUCCACGGGGUGAAGUGGGGCUGCGGGAACGGGGGCGCUGCCCCCGGGCUGUCCCUGGAGCAGCUGGUGCAGCACGUGCUGGAGAGGCACCAGGCCCGGCCGGCCCCCCGCACCCACGCCUGCCUCUGCGCCGGGGGCCUGGGCGCUCCCGGCCACAAGUGCAGCAGCACCAAGCACCGCAUCAUCUCCCCCAAAAUGGACCGGGGGGGCUCGGGGGAGCCCCCCAAACCCGCCCCCUCCUCCUCCCCCGACACCACGCAGCCUUCCCCGGGGCUGGGGGACCCCGAGGGGCCCCGGGCCGCGCCCCCCGCUGCCGGGGGGCUGCCCCUGGUGGUGGUGGGCAGCCUCGGGGGGGGCGGCGCGGCGCCGGGGGGGCCCGAGCAGCCGCUGGGGCUGACCCCCAGCCAGCACCUGGUGGUGACCCCCGAGGGGUCGUGUCCCAGCGCCCCGCCGCCCCCGGCCGCCUUCGACCCCGACUGCUUCCUCAACAGCCCCCGCCGCGGGCAGACCUACGGCUGCGAGGCCGAGGCCCCCCCCGGCGCGCCCCCCCCGGGGCGGGAGGAGGAUGAGGAUGAGGAGGAAGAGGAGGAGGAGGAAGGGAAGCAGGGCGCGGGUCCCCAGGAGCCCCUCGGCGCCGCCCCCCUGCCCCAGCCCGCCUUCCCCCCCCACGAGGCCGGCGUGGCCGCCCUGCGCGUGGCCUGUCCCCCCCGGCUGCUCUCGGCCGCGGCGCCCUUCGAGUACCGGGCACGGGGGGCACCGCGGGGCCCCCCCGGGGCACAGCUGGACUGGCUGGCGCUGGACGAGGCUCAGUUCCGUCUGUCCAUCCUGGAGCGCCUGGAGCAGCUGGAGACGCGCCUGGGGGCCCUGCCCCCCCCCGCCCCCCCACGGGGGGCUCCCUCCGAGACCCCCCCCGAGCAGGGCCCAGGCUCGUCCUUCGAGGCGCGGGUGGUGGCCGUCUGCGAGGCCAUGAUGGCCCGGCCGGGGACGUCGGGGACAGCGGGGACAGCGGGGACCUCGAUGCUGGCGCACGGGGUGACCUUCCGUGGCAUGACACUGCUGCACCUGGCGGCUGCCCAGGGCUACGCCAGCCUGGUGGAGGCUCUGCGGCGCUGGCGGGCGCUGGCAGUUGAGAGCCUGGAGCUGGAGCAGGAGAUCGACCCCCUCAACGUGGACCAUUUCUCCUGCACCCCGCUGAUGUGGGCGUGCGCCCUGGGGCACCGGGAGGCGGCGGAGCGGCUGUGCCGCUGGGACCGGCGGGCGCUGGCCGUCCCCGACUCGCUGGGGCGGCUGCCGCUGGCCCUGGCGCGGGCCCGCGGCCACCUGGCCCUGGCCACCCGCCUGGAGGAGCUGCAGGUGUCACCCGCGUCCCCGCGCUGUCACCUGCCCGGCCUGCGCGUGCCGUCGCCGCUGUCCGCCAGCCCCGACACAGGGCUGAGCACAGCCAGCAGCCUGUCCUCCCCCUCGGGGCUCUCCGAGGGUCCCGGCUCCGUCCCGCUGCCCCCCGGCCCCCCUGGCCCCUCCGAGGAGGAGGGCUGGGGGGUGGCAGUGCCCCCCAGCCCCCCUGAGGACGCCCUGGCCCUGCCCUCGGACGCCCUGCAGGCCGAGGUGGUGACGCUGGCGCGACAGAUCAUCGAGGCCACCCCCGAGCGCAUCAAGCAGGAGGCACCGGGGGGGCCCCCGGGGGCACUGGGAGCACUGGGAGCAGCGGGGGGGACCACGGGGACCCCGGGGCCGGCCGGGCCAGCGGGGCUGGGUGCUGCCAUGGCCUGGCUGGCCACCUACCUGGAGAGCGUCGACCGUCCCCCCGCGCCCGCCCACAGGGCCGAGGCGGCCUCGCGGGGGUCCCCGGGGGUCCCUGAGCGGCCGCCCCCCCCCUCGGCCGCGGGCUGGGCCGAGUUCCUGAACGCGUCCGGGGGGGCGCGGGGCGAGGGGGGGGCCGUGGCGCUGCUGACCCUCAGCGACCAGGAGCAGCACGAGCUCUACGAGGCCGCGCGCCUGGUGCAGGGGGCUUUCCGCAAGUACCGGGGCCGGAGGCUGAAGGAGCAGCAGGAGCUGGCGGCCGCCGUCAUCCAGCGCUGCUACCGCAAGUACAAGCAGCUGACCUGGAUCGCUCUGAAGUUCGCCCUGUUCCAGCGGAUGACGCAGGCCGCCAUCCUGAUCCAGAGCAAGUUCCGCAGCUACGCGGAGCAGAAGCGCUUCCAGCGGCGCCGGCGCGCGGCCGUGCUGAUCCAGCAGCGCUUCCGCAGCCUCCGCCAGCACCGGUGGGACCCGCGGCGCCCCGGGGCCGGGGGGCGGCCCGCGGGGGUCCUGACCGCGCCCUCGUCCCCCCCCAGGAGCACCUUCCUCACCCUCAAGCAGGACCAGGCAGCCAGGAAGAUCAUGAGGUUCCUGCGGCGCUGCCGCCACCGGAUGGAGGAGCUGAAGCAGAACAAGGAGGUGGAGAGUUUACAGACGCGGGGCCUGGCCUCGUGAGCCCCCCGCGGGCUGCCCCCCUGUCCCCCCCCGGCGUGUCUGGGUGUCCCCAGGAGGGGGACAAGGGGGGGACAGCCCCCCGCGCCCCCUCCCCCGCAUGCCCAGACCCCACCCCGGCCCGCGUGGGCUCUUUGUACAAAGUUCCAUUAAAAAACGAGGAAGCGGGAAUGAAA